ACAUUGAAUAUGGAACAUCAGGUUAAGAAGGAACGUCGGAAUACAUCUUCUGAUGAGGAAUCCAAGCAUCGUUAUAUGAAUAAAAAACGUCGCUAUCAUUCUUCUGAUGAAGAACGCGAGUCGCGUUACGGAAGAAAGAGGCGCCGCCAUUAUUCAUCGGACGAAGAUAAAUUCCGUCAUAGUUCCUACAAGCGUAGACGUCGCUCUGAAACUUCUUCCAGCAGCUCAAGGAGCAGCAGUGGUACCUCUCGUAGUAGGAGUCUGACUAAGAGCCGAAGUCGUAGCUAUAAGUCAAGCUCAGUUUCAAGUUCAGAAACUAGUUCGGUGUCCUCAGUUACUUCCAGCUCCAGUUCUCGUACAGAUUCAAGCAGUGGAUCUAGGUACCGUCAUACUUACUACUCACGAGGAAAUCAUAGUUCUGGAUAUCAUCAAUCAAAAAUGUCACGACAUCAACGUAUACCUGAUCGCUAUAAACCUAGACCAAAUAAAUGCUUAGCAAUAUUUGGUUUAAAUGUUAACACGGCAUCACUCAAGCUUCGUACAUAUUUCGAACGGUUUGGCCCGGUUGAUAAAGCUGAAAUCGCAAGGGAAGCUAAAACCGGCGUCUCCAAAGGUUAUGGUUUUGUGUACUUUGCUCAUUUGUGCGAUGCAAAAUAUGCCGCCGAGGAAUGUGAAGAUGAUCAUAUUGUUGAUGGGAAAAAGUUACGUUUAGAUUAUUCAAUAACAAACCAGAAUCAGUAAUCCAUACAUAAAAUAAUCGAUUGUGCAACUGACGUUUUAGUGAUGUUUGUAGUUUUUUUUAUUGUAUAUUACUGAAAACUACUAAUUUAUGCUAUAUGAAAAUUAUCGGUAACCCUAAAUACGUUUAGUUCACAAUUGCUACCGUUCCCGAUUAUGAUACUAUUUUUCUCAAAAUACUAAAACUUGUUGAAUAAUCUAGUAGCUCUAAAAAUAUAAAAUUUUGUUAGUGGCCAUUAUACAUAUGUAUGUA